CAGUGAGGCUGCUGCCGCUCGCCGUAGCUUCCUCCAAGUUUGGAUUGAGUUGACUUUGGCCUCAGAGGUGAGGAGGAGAAAGGGAGAAUGAAAAAUAAGGGGAACAAACAACUGCCCAAGAAGCAGGCAAGCAUCCAACAUGGUGCAAAUAAAGGGUGACAAAGAGCAGUUUUCCUUUUCUGAGGGACAUGUGGUCUCAGAUGCCUCCCUAGACUCAGACCAGGCAGCAGCAGCUGAGACAAUUGCCUUCUGACCAUACGUGUCUGAUGCCCUGGAAGCAGAGACUGAGCUCAGCUUUCUCUUGCUCCCUCCCUUCACAAAUGGCACAGAAGGUACAACAGUCCUGCAGAUAGAUAUGAAGAUUCAGUAGGAGGGCACCUCUUUUUGAUCUGGAUUCAUUUGAUGAAUUCUGGGGCCAGGGGGAAGUCUGUGCUGAAAGGACUCUGAUACCUACUAACUGACCAUUUGCAAAUGAAUUGAACUCUUUAUCAAGUCCCAAAUGAAUUGCUGAUCUGCAUUGGUAGAGGAAGUUUCCACACUUGGAGUUCCACACACUUAUGAAAUCCCAGAUGCAAACGGCAGAAAUGGAUUUGAUCCAAAAUCUCACACUGCCACCUAACACAACUUCCUUCCCUGGUGCUACUGAUGUGAUCACAGAAGGUUGUAUCAUAAUUCUGGGGUUGGCAGCAGGCAUCCCAACCUUGGUGGCCAUCGUCCUUCUUGUAGCUUUAAUUGUGGUCUGUACUCGGGAAAGAAGAAAGGAUGGGCAUACCCAGGAGAACCAAAGACCAAAUGAUUUUUCAGACGUCUAUGACAGUUCUGAGGUAUCAUUGGAGAAUCUCAGCAGCCCUGACAUGGAUGUAAAGGAAACAAUAGAGAUGGAAGAGACUCAUGUGUAUGUGAAGACCAUAAUGGGGACAGAAGAGCUAUCAUAUGAUGCUUACUUUCCUAGAACUGAAAUGGAAAAAAAGCCGAGUUUGCCAAGGUGGCUUUUACCAAAACGGGACAGGAAAUGAAAUACCCUUGGUCACUGAUUUCAGACUUACUCCAAAAAAACUAGACCAGAGAAAGAAACAUUUGGGUUUACACUGGGAGCCAAUUAGAAUGCCUAGGUGAUACCUAGCCAAACACAAAUUUUCUUCACUGAUCUGAAAAAAAAAUUUUUAUUGGCAUUUGAGUUUAUUUAUUCUAUUAGUAUUUAGGUUCUGCCUGAGUAGUGAUGCACUUGGUGAUGAGGUGCCAUUCCUCCAAGUCUAUUGUUUAGAAGAAUGAUGGUUCUAGGACCUUAAGCACUUGAAUUCCAUCUCUAUCACUCCCAUUGGUUUUUCUGGGCGACUUUGAGCAAUUUUUAAUCUUCCCAUGUCUGACCUUGCCCACUUUGCCUACCUUUAAUCAUGGGACAAAGAAGUCAAAAGAUCAGGUUUUGACUUGUGUUUUAAGAAAUAACAAUUUUCAUGAGGAGCCAUGUGAGGCUGGAGAAGUAAUAGAUGAGGCAAAGUCAUUACUAACUUGAGUAAACAGUUACAUUCACCUCAGGGCAGCUCACAAGAUAGCUACUGAAUACAACUUCUACUUAGCUUUCCCCUGUCUGGUAGAUGUGAAAGCCAUCAGAAAUUGUAGAAAAAAGCAAUAGGGUUACCUACCAACACAAGCUAGAAAAUGUAUGUGCAAUAUCUACUAUCCACAGCCUAAAGUUCUACAAGUUUGUUUCUGAAUGUGUUUCAAAGGACUUGUGAUGCAUCAGUGAACUUCAAAUAAUCUUUAAUUGUCCCUUUUCCCCUUAUUGGCCAACUACCUCUCUUAAUAGCCACCUCCCACCUCUGUACCUUCACAGACUGUCUUUCAUGGUUGGAAUAUUCCCCCUCCUCCCCUCUGCCUCUUAGAAUCUUUAGGUUCCUUCAAAGCUCAGCUCAUACACCAUACUGUACAUAAGGCUUCCCUGGUUAUCCCAGCUGCUAGAGCCCUCUCCCCACAGAUUAUCCUGUAUUUACUUUGUAUGUAUUUUCUCUUAACUUAUCUCUUGUUUCCCACAACUAGAAUACUAUGGGGAAACUCUUUGAAGGUAGAAUCUGGUUGUUGCUGUGGCAGGUUUAAAAAUUUUUUUUGGUUUUGUACCCCUAGCUCCUAAUAUAAUGCCCCAUUUAAUAAAAGCUCACUGAAUGAAUGAAUGGAAGGGUGCUUCUGCAAAUGUCCAAUCCAGGGUUAAGAGCUUUGUGGUUGUUAACAAAGAGCCUUUGUUAAUUUAUAAACUUCCUCUACCCCUCCUUUGAUGACCUUCAGAGCAGAGUGUAGGAUUCAUCUUUUUAAAAUUGGAUUUCCCUAACCAAGGGAUAUCUUGUGGGAAAUCAGAAGAAGUGAUUUCAAUAGUAUUUUGCUUUGAAACACAUUCAGUAUUAUUGAUUGCUUUGAUCAUUUUGUAAAUACUUUAAAAUGUUCUUAACUUUUUGGCCCCUAUGUAUUUUGUGUGUGUGUGUGUGUGUGUGUGUGUGUGUGUGUGUGUGUGUGUGUGUGUGUGUGUGUGUGUAUAUAGACAGUGUGGUAUAGUGGACAGAGUGCUGGUCUUGAAAGCAGAAAGACCUAGAUUCAGGUCUCACUUCUCACGUAUGGGCUAUGUGACCUUGGGCAAGUCACUUAAACUCUCAUUGCUCUAGGAUACUUUCUAAGCAUAUAAGUUACAGAGAAGGUGCUGACCUGAAUGAGAAAGGAAGUGUCCUCAUCUGGGAGUUCCUACCAUCAAGGAAAUCGCAGGUACAUCCCAUAUCCCUAUUCAGUCCCUAUUUGUUCCCUUAGGCAAUUGUUGUCACAGACAAUAACCUGCUUUCAGAGAUGCCAUUAAAAUAAUCAUAUAAACUUUCCCAAAGGGCUGUGGGGUAAGGGUGGGAGUUGCAGGCUAACCAUCAGCUCUUCUUCAUCAAUUCAGUGUUUGAAGUGACUUGAACCAGAAGAGCUACUUAUCAGAAAAGGCAGGAAGAGACUAAAUUAGGAGAUUGUGCUUGGAUAGAAAGGGAAAAGGUAGAACAUUGCAUGUGGAAUCACGUGCCAAGUGUCAGAAACAGGAACAGGACAAACAGAACCUAGAAGUGGGUUUAUCUGCCUGUAAUGAUGAGAACCAGUUGGUUAAAUGGGCCUAGAAAUGAGGACAGUUAAGGAGGCAGCUGGAGGAAAGGCAAUGAAUGGAGGAGUAACAAAUCCAUCCCUACAUAAUGAACUUUCUUAGAAAUUGAACUCAACAAUCCUAACAAGGCUUAAAUCAGGUAGUCCUUGCAGUGGGAUGUAGGAUUCAGUAGGAGAGCAAAGGGAAGUAUCUUAUUCAAUAUAGUAAUAAACAUCGAUAAGGUGAUUUACAAAAUUGAAAACCAUAUUCCAUAUGUUAUCCCCUCCUUAAAAUGUUAAUAUAUUUUAUUUUUUUACAUCACCAAUGUAUCCCUCCCCUUCCCCAUGACUGCUGUUUCAACACCUAUGUUUAACACUCUGCACUGUCAGUAUAACAUGCUGCCUCUCCAGUGCCAACCAGAAUACUUUGCAAAGUCUGUUGAAUGAAUGAAAAUGAAAACUAUUUAUGAAAUACCUGCUGUUUGCCAAGCACUAUGAUAAGUCAGAGGAUAUAAAUAAAAAAGUGAGAGAGUCUCUUUCUUCAAAGAACUUACUUGAUAAUAGGGGAAAUAGGUUGGUUGGUUAUUGUCCUUCAUUCUCAAAGAGGACCAAAAUGAUAUCACCACGUUGGAGUCAAGUUCUAGUGCAUCCAACUGUGGUUGAUCAGAUCAAUAGGAGGAAAUAACACACACAGGAGGGUGGUUACCAGGGAAGGGUAUUUUGGUCUGGGAAUAGCAAAAGGAUGGUGAGCAGUCAAAGGGAAGUCAACUGAUAAGCUCUUUCCAGAAGCAUCUUGAUUUGUUUACAGUUCCCAGAGUAAGGCAGGUUGGGUAAUGAAAAAGAAAUAGCAAAAUGCAACAACAAAUGAAUAAGAAGAGAAAAGAGUGAAGAAGUUUUAAGAUAUUAGCAAUAAAUAUGGGAAAAUUCACAGAUUCGCAUAAUAGCAGUCUGCUGAGUCUGAAAUUCCAAGUAAGUCCUAGAGGAUGAAUAUCACUGCAAUUCAUUCCAGGCCAGAAAAUUGUGGCUGAACCCAAAGAUGGUCUUUGUUUAUAACCAGGCUCUUAAAAAGUCAUUUUCCAUUAGCUAAGUAAGGAGAAAGGCUGAAGAUGACCUGAUGGUGCCCAUCCAUAAGAUAUCCUUAGCUCUAUGGUAUGAGAAAUUGGAAUCUUUGGGCUUGUAUCUCAGGUCCACCUGUGAUUGAUUCACUGUAUGACUUUGAACCUGUGUCUCUGUUUCUUUUUGGGGUAGCAAUACUAACCUAGCUCACAGGGUGGUUGUGAGGAAUAACUAUUGACAUACUUGGUAAGCAAAAAGCAUUGAUUCAUAUAUAGUAGAGCUUAGUAGCUGUGGUAUUGGUAACAUCCAAUAUGUUAAUAAUAAUUUUAUUUCUUAUAAGAUAAUUAAAAAUAAUUCUGUUAUAAUUUGUUGUCAUAAAAUAAAUAAUUUUUCUUUCUUAAUGUGAGAAGCAAGUAAGUUUUCCUUCUGCAGGGUAUUGUUUGUGGUUCUUAUCUUACAUUAAUAUGUUGAAUAUAUAUAAACAAAUAUGUACAUAUGUACACAUGCAUACACAAAUGGAGUUUAAAUUUGUGUUACAUACCACACUAAUACAAUAUAAUACAACAGACAAGUCCUCAUUUCUGGUCACUCUAAGAA